AUGGCGUUGGUCCAGCGUGCAGCUGGCAAAGCAACGCAGAUAAAGAUGCGAAAACGAAGCAUUCUACUCGAGACAGUCGAGCUCAGCUUCUCCUACAACUUCCUCAGACGAGGAUCCACAGAUCGCAAUGAUUCACAGGAACCAUUUGGUGCGAAUAUGGGUUCAGUUUGCUCUUUCGAGAUGCCGGAGCACCAAUAA